UGGGACAGCACUGGGAAUGGAAGGGACAGAGCAAUGCCUUGGACACAGAUCCAACAACCCUCAGCACAUCCGGUUGUGGGAAACGCCUGUGAGGACACUCAGCUCAGCUGGAAGGACAGUAGAGCCUGGGGGCUGUGUUGGAACUGAAACUCUUCUCCUCAGAGGGAGAACUGCACAGUGGGAAGAGAGAUGGAGGUGUCCUCUGUGAUUCCCUACAAGGGCUGCACGCCCUGGCAGGGGCUCCUGCUCACAGGUAAGUGUACCCACUGUGUCAUUCCCGCCACUGCUGAAGUCACCAUUGAAUCAGUGCCGCCCAAUGUGUUCGAAGGAGACAGUGUCCUUCUAUAUGUCCACAGUCUGCCAGAGAAUCUGCUAGCCUUUGCUUGGUUCAAAGGGCUAACAAAUAUGAAACGCAGAAUUGUACUCUAUGAACUGAACAACAAUUUAAGUUUGCCGGGGCCUGAAUACAGCGGUAGAGAGACAGUCUAUCGCAAUGGAUCCCUGUGGAUUUCCAAUGUCACCCAUGUGGACACAGGAUUCUAUACCCUACGAACCAUCGGUAGACAUUCAAGAGUUGUGUCACUAACAACCAUCCACCUCCCUGUGUACAUCUCCAUUUUAACCUGUGGGGGCCGUACCACUUCUGACCAACCCACUAUUGAAAUAGUGCCACCCAAUGUUACAGAAGGGGCAAAUGUUCUUCUACUUGUUCGAGAUCUCCCAGACAACCUUCAAUCCUUUAUCUGGUACAAAGGUGUGAUUUCAUUCAUCACCUACGAGAUUGCCAGACACGCCAUAGACAAGAAUUCAAGUUUGCCUGGCCCUGCACACAGUGGUAGAGAGACAGUGUACAGCAAUGGAUCUCUGCUGCUCCACAAUGUCACCCUGGAUGAUAUUGGAUUCUACACCCUAAAAACUGUGACUAGAGAUAUGAAACUGGAAUUAAUACAUGGGCAUCUACAGGUGAAUGCCUCCAUUUCUACUUGCGGCAACACUCUCAGCUCUGCCCAACUCACCGUAGAAACAGGGUCACAGCAUGUUGUUAAAGGGCAAAACAUUGUUCUCCUUCUUCAUAAUCUGCCAGAAGAUCUACUAGGCUUUUCCUGGUACAAAGGACUGUAUAUCCUUCAGCCCUUUAAAAUUGUGACCUAUGACAGAGCUAUGAAUUCCAUUACCUGGGGGCCUCUCAAGCUCUUCUUUUAG